AUGAUGGCCAAACAGGAAGCCGCGGCAGGAGUGUCGUUCACCACGGAUUUGUCCAACAUCGGCAGCGGAAAACACUCCCGGCUCUUCAACACUGGCGCGGGCGGCGUUUUGCAAGAAGAGCGACGCUUGAUCGACAAGGUCUUCAGCAUUGUUGACAAGGACAACUCGGGGCAAGUAGACAUUGAGGAGCUGAAGGGCAUGUUCAAGCUUUUCAACGUGGAGGCCAGCUUUCUUGAAAGCGCGAUCAGCAGGAUCAUGUCCAAUGUUGACAAGGAUUUGGACUAUAUGAUCUCGCCGCAAGAGUUCUACCAGCUCCUUUCCCAGAAGUUUGAGAAGGAUGACCCCAAAGAAGAGAUCAUGGCCGUCUUUCGGCGCAUGGACAAGAACGGGGAUGGGCACUUGGACGUGGAUGAGCUACACGAGGCCAUGGCGGCCAUGACAUGCUUUGACUUGGAAUUAGUCUCAAUUCUGAUCCAUUUUACUGGACCUGCCUUUCAGAUUCCCACGGACCGGCUCCCGACAGAGGGCGUGGAGGGUCAUCAUGCGGUGCAGCUGGCCGCAACGCCUUUGUUCAAGGCUUUGGGUUUCACUGCCUACCAUACCUCCAUCAUCGUCGGCGAGCGGGAGCUCUUUUUCGAUGGAGCUGGGAUAGUGGAGGCCGAUGCCUUCUGGAGCCACGACUGGUGCCAGAGUGCCAUCCGGACCACACGGCCGAACAGGCACAAGCAGAUUGAGGUGGUGGAUUUGGGCAAAAGCGAGUUGGAUGCAGCACAUGCCGUAAGCAUUUUGGAUCCUUGGUUUGAGGAAGGCACCUACGACGUUUUAAGGAAAAACUGCAACAGCUUCACUGAUGCCGCAAGUUGGCUUCUUACCAAGCAACGUUUAAACCCCAAGUUCAAUCGCAUGGAGCGCUGGGUUUUAGCCUUGGAGCCCAUGUCGCUGGAGCUCAUCAAGAGGCUCAUUAGCUUGUUGCACCAGAAUGAAGAGCCUCAGCAGGCCCCGGGCUAUGAGCCGAAUCCUCGGGCACAAGAUUUCAACGUCGAGCACGUGGUUUCGCGGCUAGGCCAUGCCCAGAGGCACUAUUAUUGCUGCAAUCGGAAUUCGCCGCGGCGAAAGAGGCUAUGUCAUUCCGGCGAAGAGAUGUCGCCCUGCUCCUGGGAGCGAAAGGACACAGCCAUCGAAAAGGCCUGGGAGCCAUCAGUGGAAGACUAUCCCUGCAGAGCUUGGAACCCCUUCGACAACCGCAAGGAGAAUCUCACGGCGGGGGACGACGAGCCCCGGGUGCCCACGGUGAUCAUUGAGCGGCUCCACUUCCCAGGACCUCUACCUGCGCGUGCCAAUGGCCGAGUGCAGGCUUUUGUGGAAGAAGAUGUGGUUUGGAGCUCGAACUGA